AAAGAUUCUGAAAGCUUCUUAUGCUGCUUAAGAAGUUCCUAUAACCAUUUAAUAUGACUUAGCAGUAAAAACAGUAAAUAUGAUGAUUUUUAUAAUGUUUUCAUUACAAAUGAAAUGGGGGGGGGGGGGCACAGACUCUGUCUCCGUCUCAAGGCUGCUCAAGUCUUCCACCUACAGGCUGUACAGUAGGCAACCAGUUUUAAAGUGCUUUCACUUUCUUUUUUUUUGAUACCAGUUUACAACAAGGAUGUUUCACAUUGAUAUGAUGCACAUUUUAUAUAAUUAUGGAAAUUUUUGAGAAUUAUACAAUUUUGGUUCAUAGGAAUAGGAAUCGUCUUGGCUUUCCUGCUGACCCAUGUGUGUGUUGUGGAAACUCUUGGUUUUUCAGGAACAAGCGUGGAUUUCCAGUUUACCUACACAGAUGGGUCAGUGCAUCAUACAGGAGGACGAUGUGCAGAUCCAGUGGAAUACAUUAUGGUUGUUGAAGUGAAUGCAUCUGAAACUGCAGUGAUCAGCAAUAUCAGGUCUUCUGUGAACUCUGUCGUACUUCCAUUUCAAGUGGACAAUAGUGUUGAAAUUACAGCUUUCAACAUUUCAACGGUGUGUUCUUUGAAUGAAACACAGUAUCAGUGUAAAUGUGAGGGUCUGUUUGUUUGGCCGAAUGACACGUGUCACUCAUACAAGGCCUGUGAUGACAUCACUGAUGGUUCGUGUACAUGUAUCAAUGCCCUUCCGAUCGAUGGACAGUUCUGCCAAGAGCCAAUUUCUGAGUUUACGUACGAGUAUGAGGCUGAAAUUGAUGUUAGUUUUUUGGACUUGUUCCCGGUGGAGCUCCUGCGCAAUCUCGUCACAAACACCAGCCUGCCUUUGACUCUGAACAACAACACACACAUCACAGACAUCGACAUGACUACUGUGUGUGGGUUAAAUGGAAGAGAAUAUGAGUGCAAGUGCGAGGAGCAGCAUUUUUGGCCCAGUGACACCUGCAGGGUCUAUCAGGUGUGUGAUAGCAUUGUGGGAGGCACCUGUGGAUGUAUUCAAGCUCUUCCUUCAGAGGGUUCACUUUGUCAGAGAGAUAUAAAUGAAUGUCUGUUCUGUCCAUCUGUAUGUGGACCAAAUUCCACUUGCACAAAUCAGUUGGGAAGUUACAAUUGCUCGUGUCUGGAUGGAUUCACUGCAACAAACCCAAGUCUCCUCAUCAGCAUCAAUAACACAUGUAGAGUUGGGAAGUUACAAUUGCUCGUGUCUGGAUGGAUUCACUGCAACAAACUCAAGUCUCCCCAUCAGCGUCAAUAA